GCGCGUGAGGGUGGGGUGCGCAUCGCCCACUUUCCGGGAGGAUCUGCGUGCGUUUGGUCUCCUAAAAGGUCUCGUGGAAGCGCGCAACCAUGUCGGACGCGGUGAUCAGUUUCAUGAAGGACUUCUUGGCCGGCGGCGUGGCCGCCGCCAUCUCCAAGACGGCCGUGGCUCCCAUCGAGAGAGUCAAACUCUUACUGCAGGUCCAGCAUGCCAGCAAGCAGAUCACAGCUGAGAUGCAGUACAAGGGCAUCAUGGACUGUGUGGCUCGGAUCCCAAAGGAACAAGGCUUUCUGUCCUUCUGGAGGGGCAACCUGGCCAACGUCAUCCGAUACUUCCCCACCCAGGCCCUCAACUUCGCCUUCAAAGACAAGUACAAGAAGAUCUUCCUGGGCGGCGUGGACCAGAAGACACAGUUCUGGCGCUACUUCGCCGGCAACCUGGCGUCGGGCGGCGCGGCCGGCGCCACCUCGCUGUGCUUCGUCUACCCCCUGGACUUCGCCAGGACGCGGCUGGCCGCCGAUAUCGGCAAGGGCGCGGCCGAGAGGGAGUUCACCGGCCUGGGGAACUGUAUCACGAAGAUCUUUAAGACGGACGGCCUCAAGGGGCUCUACCAGGGCUUCAACGUGUCCGUGCAGGGCAUCAUCAUCUACAGGGCCGCGUACUUCGGCUGCUUCGACACAGCGAAAGGAAUGCUUCCCGAUCCCAAGAACACACACAUUGUGGUCAGCUGGAUGAUCGCCCAGACGGUGACGGCCUCGGCCGGCCUGGUGUCGUACCCCUUCGACACCGUCAGACGUCGCAUGAUGAUGCAGUCCGGUCGCAAAGGAGCUGACAUCAUGUACAGCGGCACGAUUGAUUGCUGGAGGAAGAUCCUCAAGGACGAAGGCUCCAAAGCCUUCUUCAAGGGCGCCUGGUCCAACGUGAUCAGAGGAAUGGGCGGAGCUUUCGUGCUGGUGCUGUACGACGAGAUCAAGAAGUACACAUAGGCCAGCGCGCGUCGCCACAGAAACCCUCCGAGAUGCUCGCUAGUCUUAAAUCUGCUCUUAACACGCGUGUGGCAGCGCCGAAAAGAUUGUGUACAUAUACUCCGCAGCCACAACAUUAGGUACACGUGCAUAAUGCAAUACAUCGAAUGUGAUUGGAUUAUGCGGGUGUACCUAACGAAGUGGCCGGGGAAUGUCAAGGUGACCUCGGCGCUGCCAAGGUCGACUGUAACCAGCAACUGUCAGAAGAAUAAACAUUUACCGUUUCUCA